CACCCAUUUUUUAAAGGGACGACCCAUUUGUAGACAUUGAGAUGGAUCACCAUUUGCAUUUCUACAGUUAGAGUGUAUCAUACCUCGGGGGACUGAAGCGUACGACCGUUUUCCAUUUCUAAACGACCGUUAUUCGUGUUAUAUGUCUGUAAAUUUUCUUUUAGAAGAAAAUUUAAGUACAGAUCACUCGAACUCCAGUGUACGUCUCACUGAAAACCUUUUGAUUUCCAAUAAUUUUCACCCUUACUCGUUCCAAUUUUUCCUUUCUCUAAAAACACAUCCCCACACACACACUAAGAGCAUGGCCUGCUCCUGCUACUAUCUUGGGGCUUCCCCUCUUCUCUUUACACUUUCUUCUCUCUCUAAAAAUUCUCUCUCUAAGAGAUCAUUUAACCAUAGACCUCUUUUUCCUAUAAAUCUGCAACCUCCUCCUCUUCUCUCUAUUCAUCCAUGCCCUAGAAAUGGUUUCUUUUCUCCUAGGCCAAAGAUGAAGCUUUUGGUUCGUGCCUUCGAUGAUAUGGCUCUUGGAGCCAGAGUUCAGGACGUUGGUGCCAUGGUCCUGGUCAUGUCUGGUGCUUACUUUCUGGUUCUCUCUUUUGACGUCCUUACAAAGAAAAGCAUCAUCGAACAGAAGUUAAGCAGGAAAUUGGUGCAUAUCUUGUCAGGGCUGCUGUUUUUGUCAUCUUGGCCUAUUUUCAGUUCCUCUGUGGAGGCAAGAUACUUUGCUGCUAUAGUUCCUCUUGUAAAUUCCCUCAGGCUUGUGGUCUAUGGACUUUCCAUUGUCACCAAUGAAGGUUUGGUACAAUCUGUAACUCGAGACGGUAGACCUGAAGAGCUGCUUCGAGGGCCUUUAUAUUAUGUGUUGGCAUUGAUAUAUUGCACUCUGUUCUAUUGGCGUGAAUCACCCAUUGGGGUGAUCUCCCUUGCCAUGAUGUGCGCUGGAGAUGGAGUUGCUGAUGUUUUGGGUAGAAGGUUCGGAAAUCAUAAGCUUCCUUUCAAUAAGCAAAAAAGCUGGGUUGGAAGCAUCUGUAUGUUUGUAUUUGGUUUUUCUGUUUCCUUGGGGAUGCUCUUCUACUUCUCGAAUUUGGGAUACAUUCAACUGGACUGGGGGUCCACAAUUGAGAAAGUGUUGAUUAUUGCUAUGGCUGCAACAAUAGUAGAAUCCCUUCCAAUAACGGGGUUAUUAGAUGAUAACAUCACGGUUCCUUUGUCGAGCAUGUUGGUGGCAUCAUUCUUUUUUCGGCCACUAGCCUAGUUGAACUAUUCUACAUUACUGUCGUGGUCAAAUCUGAUGUAUCUGCAGAAAAUCACUUCUAUGAAGGUAGUGGUCCAUCAGUUUACUUGCACAUUUCUGUAUUCUUUUGCUCCCCAAAAAACCAGUAAAUGUUUUUUUGACC